GCCUCUCUUCGCUGUACAUAUAAGACCUUGGGUGGACCGAUGUCGUCUACUGCCGUCGCUUUCUCUGUUUGAACUGGCGACUUUUUGGCACUGCUACGGUACUAAGUACUUGCUGGCUUGAAGAACCGCGCUAUUCAUGGAGCGACAAGCGUAUGCACAGAGCUCUCAACCGCAAUAUGUCUCUCGCAAAACCCUGGCAAUCAAGCGGGGUGACUCCGAGACGCUAACCCGGGAGGACGUUCAGUACGACCUCCUCAACUACAUCUUCUCGGACCAGACCAGGGUGUUCACGGACGAAACGCCAGGGAAGCCGCCGACGAAUGUUAACUUUUGCGAUCUUUAUGUCAGCGCGCUGUACAACUCGACGAAAUGCUCGAAGAUCAUGCGGGAUAAGAUGACUGAGACGCCGGCAUUCGCUAUAGAGUUUGCGAAGAUCUCAUUGCUGACGAACGUUGGCAGGAUCAACACGACUAUGGCAUUUUUUCCGGAGAUGAAAACUGCAUUGAGGAGCUACCAUCCUGUACCGUCCCUUCAGAAGACGGACGGGAACGUCCAAGACGCACCCAGAAUCAAGAACUGCUUGAAGGCAGCGUUGUUACCGCAAGAGCAGAAAGGACCUCCUCCUCCGUCUAACCCAACUGAUAUCCUGUCUCGGAAAAAGACGAUGAUACCCCCCACCAGCGUCGUCAAUCUGAUCUUCGUCUUGACCAAUUACUCGACCGCACUCUCUCCUACCCACUUUGACCCUCCGGUCGAGUUCGUCGACCUCUUUCUCCCCAUCAACAUCUCCUCCGCUGCCCGUGCCCGAGCUUUCCUCUGGACCAUCUUCCACUAUCAUGAAUCUGGUGCCAUACCCAAUCCUUUCGCUGACGAAUACGCCAAAACGCAUCUUGGGAAAGUUCCUUGGCUCGAACGGUUAUCUCCAGAACAGCAACAGGCCGAGAACAUUGACCCUCCGGAAGAAAUCGAAUGGGGGCGAAAGAUGGCGGCUCAGAGGAGCCAAUUCUUACAAGAUCUUGUGUCUGGGGUAGAUCCUGAGAAGAAGGGAAAAGGUGGUGGAAACGGGCACCACGGCGGAAGUAGUGGUAAUCACGCAAGUGCAGGAGGAAGUGCGCCUGCUGGAGGUUCUCGUGCCAGAAGGUCUACGAGCUUGGCACCCCAGGACCCACAUAGUAGAGUCAUGAUGGGGGUCGACGUCGAACCACAACCGGCGAAGAAGCAUCGUAUUAGCCAACAGUAUUAUACGCGGAGCGCGGCCAGCACAACCUUCCAUCACUAUAUACCGGCUGGAGAACCUGUACCUCCGGACGAGACCAAGACAUACCCUAUCGUUGGUGAAAAUCAUGCUAGACAAUACGGCUUACCACCCGAGUACAUCCGACAGCGUUCUAUGGUUGAGCAGGCAUGCAAUCGAGCAUUGACAGCGCACCCCCUUAUCGACUCCGACGAAGAGGAGUUGGACGAGUACGUCCGCGUGGAUUUACAACGACGCCUUCUUGUUCUCGACACUAUUCGUCUACAGCCCGCCCAUCUAAAUGGCUACAACUACUCUCCGCACUCUGGAUGAGAGGACCAUUUGUGCCCCUCGCUCGUCGCCUUGAGGCCCACCACCCCCUGGGCCGUCAUUACCUUCCAGCAUACCAUCAAGAACCCGUCUCAAUUGUAGAAACGCAGUGUAACAUUGCUCGAAGACACGCUCACACAUCUCAUCUGUGCCAUACAUACAUCAGCUCAUACCUACCUAAGUAUAUCCACAUCAUCGCUUUCGCGCUCUCUGCUUUCCGUUCCGC